AAUAAAAAAACAAAGUGAAGCAUCUUAAAAUGUUUCUCUUUUUUUCGGUAUAAGAUCAUUAGGCACAUUAAUAUCAGCUUAUUUUAGUGGUUUCUUAUUAUAAAUAUUUUUACCCUUUACUGUAUUUGCUAUAACAAGUAUCUUUCCUUUAUUUUUAUUUAUAGGUAGUUUAUUUCUUAAAGAAAAAAGUUAUUAAAAUUAAUAGACUUUUUAAAAAGAAUAAUUAUUUUAAUUUUUUAGAUUUCUUAAAAAGCCUUUUAUUAUCAAACCUUUGAUUUUUAUUUUAAUUUUUAUGAUUCCACCUUCUAGUGGUACAACAAUGUUUUAUUAUUAUACAAAUUACUUAAAUUUUUCCCCAGAAUUUAUGGGUUAAUUGCAAUUUUUAUCUUCUUUAGGUAUUUUCUUGGCAAUAAUAAUAUACAAUAUAUUUUUAAAAAAUAUUUAGUUUAAAAAAAUUUUUAUAUCGUCAUCUUUAAUAUGUAUUUUAGCAUAUUUAUCUUAAUUAUUACUUGUUUCAAGAUACAAUUUGAAAUUGGGUAUUCCUGAUAAAGUUUUCUGUCUUUUUGAUACUGCCUUUAUUAAAAUGUUAAGUGAAAUAAAUAUAAUGCCAAUAUUAGUACUUGCCUGUAGAUUGUGCCCUAAAAAUAUAGAAGGAACUAUGUAUGCAACGAUUAUGAGUACCAUUAAUUUUGGAGGAGCGCUUUCUUUAUAAUUAGGAGCUUUAAUAACAUACCUUUUAGGCAUAGAUGAAUAACAUUUUUAAUUGUUGUGGGCUCUAAUAUUAAUAUCGGGAUUGGCAAGUUGCGUACCAUUGUUAUUAAUUAAAUUAAUUGAUGUUAAAAUGGAGGAAGAUAGCGAGUUAACAGAAGAUAAGUAGACUAUAGAAAUUUUUUAGGAUAAUUAAACUUUAUGA